AUGGACUUUCGCAUCAUCUCUCGCCUGGGCAUCACGCACGUUAAGGGCAUGCUGCUGCACGGUCCACCUGGCACGGGCAAGCCAGGGCAUCUUGCCCGUGAAGGGCAUGCUACUGCACGGCCCCCCUGGCACGGGCAAGACACGGAUAGCCUGGGCAUGCUGCUGCACGGGCCCCCCGGCACGGGCAAGACGCUGAUUGCGCGGCAGAUAGGCAAGCUGCUGAACGGCAUGGAGCCCAAGGUAUGGGGGAAUGGAGUGUGGGUAGAUGAUUGGGUGGGUGGGGCUUCUGGGCUGUGCUGCUGGUGCUGGGUGAGACUCUGCUCUCCUCCUCUCCCCACCGCCCCCGGCACGGGCAAGACGCUGAUUGCGUGGCAGAUAGGCAAGCUGCUGAACGGCAUGGAGCCCAAGGUAUGGGGGAAUGGAGUGUGGGUAGAUGAUUGGGUGGGUGGGGCUUCUGGGCUGUGCUGCUGGUGCUGGGUGAGACUCUGCUCUCCUCCUCUCCCCACCGCCCCCGGCACGGGCAAGACGCUGAUUGCGUGGCAGAUAGGCAAGCUUUUAAACGGCAUGGAGCCCAAUGUAUGGGGGGAUCUCGUGGGGGUGGUUGCUUCUGCUGUUGCUGGGGGCUGGUUGGUGUUGUUGUUGCUGGUUGCAUGUGUGGCAAGCGGAGGAGCACUUGGGUGGGGGUGUUCUCUGCUUCCCCUUCCUCUCUUUCCCCCCGGCACAGGCAAGACGCUGAUUGCACGGCAGAUAGGCAAGCUGCUGAACAGCAUGGAGCCUAAGACGCUGAUCGCGUUGCAGAUAGGCAAGCUUCUCAACGGCAUGGAUCCUAAGACGCUGAUCGCAUUGCAGAUAGGCAAGCUUCUCAACGGCAUGGAUCCGCCUAUGAACACCCAAGGUGUGGGUGGGGUGGGUGGUGGGGAUGGAGGGUGGGAGUGUCUUUUGAGACGUCUCAAAAGCAAUAUGGACGUCUUGGGCUUGGCUGAUGGGGCAGUGGAGAAAAACAUCCGCGACUUGUCCACACCACUCCCUAUCACUCUAGACCGUUCUACACCACGUUCUGUGUCCUAUGUGGUGAACGGCCCUGAGAUUCUGGACAAGUACGUGGGAGCAGCAGAGAAGAACAUCCGAGACCUGUUUGCGGAUGCUGAGAAGGAUCAGAAGGAGCACGGGGACGAGAGCGAUCUGCAUAUCAUCAUCUUUGAUGAGAUCGAUGCCAUCUGUAAGGUGAGACGUGGUGGAUUGAAGGAGAUUGUUUAUGAAAGCAUGUUCAACCAGUCGCUCAGAAAUGCAUGUGCCCCUCGUCGUCCUCCUCCUCCUCCUCUCCCCUCCUACCCUUUCCUCCUCUCCCCUCCUACCCUUUCCUCCUCUCCCCUCCUACCCUUUCCUCCUCUCCCCUCCUACCCUUUCCUCCUCUUCCCUCCUGCCUGUCCUCCUCCUCCCGCCUGCCCACCUAUCCCCCCUUUUCCUGCUCACUCUUAUUGUGCACAGAUUGAUGGAGUAGAGUCGCUGAACAACAUUCUUCUCAUCGGCAUGACCAAUCGGAAAGACAUGCUCGACGAGGCUCUGCUCAGACCGGGUCGACUGGAGGUGCAGAUCGAAAUAGGGUUACCAGACGAGGAGGGGCGAGUGAAGAUCCUGGGCAUCCAUUCCAACAAGAUGCGUGAAAACUCCUUCAUGGGUGCUGACGUGGACCUCCACAGCUUGGCUGCCCGCACCAAGAAUUUCAGUGGAGCAGAGCUAGAAGGACUAGUCAAGAGCGCUGUCUCCUUCGCGCUGUCAAGGCAGACGGACCCGUCAGACCUGACCAAGGCGAUAGACGAGGACAACAUUCGGGUGACCAUGGUGGACUUUGAAGAGGCGCUCAAGGAGCGCCUCUUGCACCCGUCCGACCUGACCAAGGCGAUAGACGAGGACAACAUUCGGGUGACUACGGUGGAUUUCGAAGAGGCGCUCAAGGAGGUGCGCCCGGCCUAUGGCGCCAACACAGAGCAGCUCAACAUGUACCGUCCCUGGCAGCGCACCACCACAUCCUCUCCACCGCCAAGCGCCAGGCGCUGCAAGCGAAAGGAAAGGCAGCACACUCAGCACAUCCUUUCUACGUUCCCCCUCCCUUGCAGUCUGAACGGCAUGCUGCAGUCCCUGACAGCGCACCACCACAUCCUCUCCACCGCUAAGCGCCAGGUGCUGCAAGUGCGGAGCAGCGAGAGAACGCCCCUGCUGACGUGCCUGCUGGAAGGGUCGCCAGGGAGUGGAAAGACGGCUCUUGCUGCAACGAUUGCCAUGGAAAGCGGUUUCCCCUUUGUUAAGAUGAUCUCAGCAGAGACGAUGGUGGGCAUGUCAGAGCCGUCCAAAUGCUCAGCCAUAGCCAAGGUGUUUGACGACGCAUAUAAAUCCGCAUUCAGCAUCGUGAUUCUGGACGACAUAGAGCGCCUAUUCGAGUAUGUCAGCAUCGGCCCGCGCUUCUCCAACCUCGUGCUGCAGUCGCUCCUCGUGCUCGUCAAGAGGCUUCCGCCUGAGUCGCUGCUCGUGCUCGUCAAGAGGCUUCCCCCUGAGGGUCACAAGCUGUACGUGAUCGCAACCACGAGUCUGCCCGAGGCACUUCAGCAGGCCAUGCACCUGUCGUCCUCCUUCAACACUGUUCUCACCGUGCCCACGCUUUCCCGCAUCGAAACCAGGGCGGCACUGAAAGAGCUGGACGUGUUCGAAGCAGACGACAUUGACACUGCUGUGGAUGCUCUUCACUCCACAGUGGAAGAGAUGACCAUCAAGAAGCUCCUCAUGUUCAUAGAGAUGGCCUCGCAAGGCACCACAGCCCCUGGGCAGCCCAGACCCAAGAUUGACAUCGGCUUCCUGUGCGAAUGCCUCAAGGACUUGUCAUAG